AUUUUUCAAACUCUCUCAGCCGCCUCGAACUCAUUAAAAAAAACUAGUACCUACCUCCCUGUCUCUCUCAUUCUCAUCUAUCCUUGCAUGUUCCAGACAUGGUUUCUUUGAGGACCAUUGUUUUUCUUGCAAUCUUUCAUGUUCUGCAUCUUAAGAUUGCUAAAAGUGACUUUUUAUCUCCGCUUUUUUCACCCAUGUUUGAUGAUGUAUGCAAAGAAGUGGAAUGUGGAAGAGGAAAAUGCAAACCUUCUUUGAAUGGAACAUUGCCUUAUUAUAUAUGUGACUGUGAUCUUGGCUGGAAACAAAUUCGUGCUGACAAUGAUGAUUAUCUCAAGUUUCUCCCUUGCAUUGUUCCCAACUGUAGGCUAAAUUCUGCUUGUGCAGCAGCUCUCUCCCCUGUGCAAGAAAAGCAAACAAAAGCAGAUCAGUCUAUCUUUGAUAUCUGCCGCUGGACUAAUUGUGGAGGCGGUUCGUGCAACAAGACAUCACCGUUUACAUAUGAUUGCAAAUGUUCAGAGGGUUAUUUUAAUCUCCUUAAUGUUUCUGCCUUCCCAUGCUACAGAGAAUGUGCAAUUGGACUGGAUUGUGCAGAACUUGGGAUCUCAAUGUCAAAUAGGUCUACUUCCACAGCACCAACGUCUCAAAAUGAUGUGAAUCAAGCAGGCUCCAAGCUACUAGGAAAAUGUCAUUGGGUGAUAAUACUGGUGUUGUUUCUGGCUAUGGUUGCUUGAUUUCUAUAGAAGAAGCUGAUGCUCAGGGUUUCAGAGUUCCAAGAUCCAGAUAGCAAAUAGAAACUCCAGCAUCAAGCAGCAGCAUUGUUUGUUUGUCCUAUGUUUUUAUGGAAAUUUUCAUCUCACAUCAGUAAGUCUGUCAGACAGUUUAGGAGGAAUGAAUAAUGGAGUUCACUAAUGGUUGAUGGCAGUUAUUUACAGGUUGUAUAUAACAUUAUUGCCAUGAUUUUAUUAUUUAUUGUCACCCGUUUAUGAUAUUCUGAGCUUCUUGUUGGUUUCUAUAAUUCAUUGCUUACUUCCUGUGUCCCUUUCAACUGAUAUUCUUCCAUUAAGAAAGUAUGUAUAAAAGAUUGUAAGAUCAUUGCCUAUUAUAGUCAGGAUCCACGGCAUUUUCCAAAGAGGUACUUUUUUUUCUUGGGGAUUCUAGUCUAGCGGUUCUAAAAUGAAGAACGACAAACUUAGUUUACCAUCUGUAACCAAAUGUCAUCUGGGCUU